AUGGCAUCGACCGCACCAUUUGUUUGCCGGGCAUGCGCCCGUUCGCUGCAUCGAUCUGGUUGCCUACGAACCCUCCCGCCAACUUCGGCGCACGUUUUGGCUCGAUCUCGGCAGCUUUCAUCGCGCCCCGCGACCGCGGCCCAAGCAUCGCCGCCGCCCCGCGAUCCUGAGACGCCCCAGAACCACGAUGCUCAGCAACACGAUGCUGUCUCGACAAGCUCCACCUCUCUAUCCAAUGCGCCGCCUGCGCCCACCGAGCAAGGCCCAAUGUCUCGACGCCUACAAGAAGCGACCGAGGAAGCCCUCCUAACCGGCGGCAGGGCGGGGAGACGUGCGGUCGAAGACGCCGGCUUUAGCCACGAGCUGAAGGCAAAAUUGCUGGAGAAACUAGCCGACGCCCAAUUCCGCACCGAGCAUUUGGCAGCUUUCACCGAGGCCGGAAUAACCGGGGACGUGCCCGAGGCCGCGGGGCAUGGCACGCGCGCCCUUGCCUCGGCGCAGCCCUGGACCGGCGAGGAGACGCCCGAGGACGCCGUGCUACGGAUGCUGGACGAUGCGCGCAAGCCUCUGGCACCCAAGCUUCGGGGAAAGCCCAAGAUCCCGUCGCCAGUGACAGUGGACAUGCGACUUAGACCCGCCCAGAGACUUAGCCCGGGGCAGAGAGCAGCAAGCGCCAGGGACAAGGCACAGACGUAUACGGGCAUGGGCCUCGGCAAGGACGGCAUAGGGCUAAGCAAUAAAGAGAGGGAGGCUUUCAGGAAGGAGUACCGAGAGCGCUUCGCUCUAGGGGCGAGAGCCAUGCCCAACACCAUCACGGGCCUGGCAGCCCUGGCCAACGAGAGGAUCGAGGAUGCUAUUACUCGAGGACAGUUCAAGGACAUACCGCGUGGCAAGAGCGUGGAGCGCGAUACACGCGCAAAUAACCCUUUCAUCGACACUACCGAAUACAUCCUAAACAACAUGAUCAAGAGGCAAGAGAUUGUGCCGCCCUGGAUCGAGAAGCAGCAAGAGCUUUUGAAGGCGGCCACUGUCUUUCGGUCAAGACUGCGGAACGACUGGGAGAGGCACGCCGCGAGGAUGAUUGCUAGCCGAGGUGGGAGCCUGCAGGAGCAGACGGACAGAGCAAGGGCAUAUGCACAAGCCGAGGAAGUCCACAACCCGAGACGACGCAAUAUCGAGCAAACUUCGAUACCUACAAACACUACCGACGACAUUGUCAUGGCUCGGAUACGGCAAGAGGGUCUAGAUUCGGCUACCACAGUCUCGAUAAGCAACGGUGAGACACCACCAGCCGAUGAUGCUACCAACUCGUCGGCCGCCGCAACGGCUUUCGUCUCAACAAGACCGUAUCGGGACCCUGACUGGGAAGCUGCCGAGCGUUCGUACAUGGGGCUUGCCAUCACCAAUCUCAACGCCAUCACACGAUCCUACAACCUGAUGGCGCCAGAGUUGGCCAAAAAGCCUUACUUCUCACUGCAGCGGGAGCUAAACAACUGCUACGCUGAUGUGGCACCCAAGCUAGCCAGCGUCAUCCAAGACCGUGCCACUAGGCCCACCAGGUCGCCCGUUGACGUAGUUGGAAAGCGCACCCGCACGAACAGCAUCUUGGGCCGACUCGGAGGCGACGGCGUGGCCGUCGAGAUUCGCGAAUCCAAAGAACCGCACUACGGGCUCAAGGAAAUGUGGCGCGAUUUCUGGGCGAAGCCAAAGUAA